CCGGCGCUAUCCGGAGAUACCGGCGAAGCACGCCAAAGAUACGCUGGCCGCGCGGCCGGCGCGCGUCCUUGCGCUCAAGGCGGCGGCGCAGCGGUCAUCGCCGCGGAUGGGUGCGUCCAUCAUACACGCAUACGCGCGAUACAGUGCGCGUGGACUCUGCGGCGAAAUUCCGAUCAGGUCGAUCGUCAACCGGCUCGGACACAGGAUGAAGGCAGUGGGCUGGCUCCUCGCCGCGACGCCGUGGCUAGCUGUCGUCGCAGGCGUCACAGUGCUUGCGUAUGCGGCGCACCCGACAAUGCACCGGCGGCGGCGCCCCGCCGCGGCGCCGUACAGAGAGGUGACAAAGCCGACGCUCGUCGGGUCGACGGGCGACCAAAGCACCCUCGACACCGAGAGCGACCGACCUGCCUACGUCGUUCCGCCGCCGCCGGCCCCGUGCGAGAAGUCAUACACGAUACACGAUUCCUACGAGCUCGGCGCUGUCGUCGGCAAAGGCAGCUUUGGCACGGUUGUGCUGGCGACGCACCGGUCGUCCCGGCGACCCGUCGCCGUUAAGAUCAUGGACAACCUCUCGCUCGCAGAGAGGCGCGAGGCCAUGAAGGAGUACACGCUCUUGAAGCGCCUCCACCACGACAAUGUUGUCCGCGCGUACGAGUGCUUUGUGCACGGACCCUCGGUCCGCAUCUGCCUCGAGUACGUCCCCGGCGGCUCGCUUGCCGACCGAAUGCGUCAGCGACGGCUGCACGAACGUGAGAUUCACGCACUUGCAAGCGGCCUUCUUCGAGCGCUGCAACAUUGCCAUGCGAACGGCGUUGUGCAUCGCGACAUCAAGCCCGCCAAUGUCCUGCUCCUGCACCCAGAUGAUCUGGAGUCGGCCAAGCUCGCAGACUUUGGCCUCGCCGAGCGCAUUUUUCUUGGUCCGUUGCACGACCGGUCGGGCACCGAAGACUUUAUGGCGCCCGAGGUCAAGCUCCGGCGCCCGUACGGUACGCCUGCAGACAUUUACAGCCUCGGCGUCCUGCUGCACAUUCUGAUCGCGGACACGCCGCCGCGCAUGAGCUAUUGCCCCCGUCGACGCGCGAUCGCAGCGACGCUCGACGGGCACGCGUACCGCCACGUGUCGCGCGCGCUCCGCCUCUUUGUACAGGACAUGCUCGUCGUCGACGCGGCCGCGCGGCCGACGGCCGACACGCUUCUCGAGCACCCGUACAUGCGCUAUGGGUCCUGGACGCGGUCCGGGUCCACGCCCUUGUUGUUGUAGACUGUAUUCUCUUUUGUGACGUACAUGGUGUCGAGUGAUGAAUGAGACUUUGUUCCAAGUAACCUCGCUCAAUGGUCAUGCGAG